UCGCCAACAAGAAAGAAAGCGGAGCGUUUGUGGAAAGAUAAUUGCAGGUGUCCCCGAUUUCCAUUUUCAGAAGAACAAAUUGGCGGGAUCCGGGUUCAAGAACACGAAGCAUUCUUUUCACUGAAGAUUUUCGUGCUGUAGAACUCUUCGAGUGAGUAUAAUGGUCGGCAGGGGGGUCUCUGGAUUUGGGGAUUGAUGUGAUUCAGUAUUUUCUGGUUCUGAUAUGUUUCAUUGGUCGGACUAAGAGUUAUGAUUGGUGUUCUUUGUUUCCAAAUAUGCACUUCAGCUCUACUGAUCUGAGUUGAGUACUAGCUUGUGAAGUCGCUUCACUUUUGCAAUCUUCGUGAAUUUUCUGUAAGAUGUCAGUUGAGUUUGGAAACAGUGAUAGUGUUUCUGUGGAAUGAGGUGAUGAUGUUUGUUCUUUUCAGUUAAAUUCGACUGUGCAACCAGGCGGUCAAGAACUAUGCAAGGAAUCAAACUUUAGAUUAUCCCCUUGAUUACAAAUGGGGACAGACCAUGCGAGAAAUCUUCCAAAGAAUAAAGAUGCAGAUAAACUUUCAGUUCCACCGGGAUUCAUGUCUCUAUCGUCUUUUCGGAUGAAGAAGGUAGAUAACACUGAAGAAACAUGUAACUCCUUGAACUUCGCGAGCAUGUCUAAACAGGAACCAAUCCAGAUUGACACUAAAUCCAACAAGAUUGAUGCUGCAUCAUUGAAGCAAUCUCUUAUGGGUCGACCAUGGAUCAUCUAUGACCAGAACAAUCACCAUCUAGAGGAAUCUAGCAGCAAACUUGCUGAUAAGGAACCAAGUGGAUGGUAUCCUGAAGAUGUAACAAGUAAUGUCCUUGAAGAAGCUCCUGUUUUCCACCCAACUGAAGAGGAAUUUAUUGACAGUUUAAAGUACUUUGCAAGCAUACGUUGCAAAGCAGAACCAUAUGGAAUUUGUCGUAUUGUUCCUCCUCCUUCUUGGAAGCCACCAUGCUUACUUAAGGAAAUGAAUGCAUGGAAAUAUUCUACAUUUGAAACCCAGAUUCAGCGAAUUGAUGGGCUUCAAAAUCAGAUUUUAGAAACAGCAAGAUAUAAAGAGAAUACAAACGGUAAAAAGAGAAAAAUGAUGAAAUCAGAUUCAGUGGAUGUUUUUGGUACCAAACAUGCUAUUAACUCAGAUGAAGUUGCACACUUUGGCAUUGGAGGUUUUGUAACUAAACCUGGUCCUGAAUUUACCUUGGAAAGUUUUAAGGAAAAUGCGGAUAAUUUCAAGAGCCAGUUUUUUGGUGGUAGAGCUAAAUUGGUUGUGGGUACAAGUGUCAAUUCAAAUGUGCUUCCACAACAGUGGGAACCAUCAGUGGAGGAUAUUCAGGAUGAAUAUAGGAGGAUUGUGGAGAGUCAUAGUGAAGAUAUCGAGGUGUUCUAUGGGGACAAUCUGGAUACUAGAGCUUUUGGCAGUGGAUUUCCGACCACAUUCAAUUCUUUUGAACUUUCCGAUUAUCCAGAAUAUCUGAAAUCGGGUUGGAACUUGAAUAAUGUUCCACGGCUUCCUGGUUCUCUUCUUUCUUUUGAGAACUUUGAAACAUCUGGUGUUUUAGUGCCUCGGCUCCUCAUAGGAAUGUGCUUCUCAUCCUUUUGUUGGAAGGUCGAAGAGCAUCACUUGUACUCACUCUGUUACAUGCAUUUGGGUGCUCCUAAAGUGUGGCAUUGUGUCCCUGGGGGGUAUACCGUUAAAUUUGAGGCUGCUAAGAGAAAGCACCGUCCAGAAUUGUUAGUAGAACAGGAUAAGUUGCAUCAUACGCAGGUCACUAAACUAUGCCCAUCAAUGUUGACGUCCGAAGCUAUUCCAGUCUAUCGUUGCGUUCAGCAUCCUGGGGAAUUUGUCCUUGUCCUCCCAGGAGCAUAUCAUUCUGGAUAUGACUGUGGCUUUAAUUGUGCUGAGGCGGUGAAUUUUGCUCCUCUUGAUUGGUUACUUCAUGGGCAGAAUGCUGUAGAAUUCUAUCAUGAACAAGCAAGAAAGACAUCAAUAUCUCAUGAUAAACUGCUUCUGGGAGCAGCAAACGAAGUGGUGAAGGCACAAUGGGAAAUCACAUUGUUAAAGAUGAACACCUUGGGGAAUUUAAAAUGGAAGGAUGCCUGUGGAAAGGAUGGGAUCUUGGCAAAAGCCCUGAAGUGGCGAAUCAAAUUGGAAGCUAAUAGAAGGGAGUAUCUAUGUACCUCUUCUCAGUCACAGAAGAUGGACGAAAAAUUCGAUGCUACCUGCAAAAGAGAGUGCUUCAUAUGUCUCUAUGAUUUGUACCUUUCUGCUGCAUGUUGUCGAUGUUCUAGCAGCAGAUAUUCAUGCCUGAUUCAUGCAAAGCAACUCUGUUCUUGUGGUUGGAGUGAGAAAAAUUUUCUAUUCCGUUAUGAAAUCAAUGAGCUAUCUGUUCUUCUUGAAGCUUUGGAGGGAAGGUUAAGUGCAACCUAUAGAUGGGCUAAAGAUAUUCUUAAUCUGACUUUGUCCUCCCUUCCCUCCGAGGAUGAUUUACAAGCGCGAGGGCAAGUUUACCGUCCAAACUCGCACUCAGAGGAAAAGGAGUGCUAUUCUCCAGAUGCACCAAGGCACAAUGGCUUUCGGAAGAGUACUGCAUCUAGCAUUAGGUCUGAAUUAAAGGCACGUAUGCUCCAAGCAACAUUAGCGAGGGCACAUAAAGCGAAACAGAAUGCAAUAGAAUCAGAAGUUGUUUCAACUCCAGCAACAGAUGAUACGCCUAUUCUUCAAAGAGAAACAUGUUCUGUUUUAUCAAGUACGAAUGCUGAUGAUACGUCUUUUCUUCGAGAAGAGAUGGACUAUGAACUGUCAUCUGAAAGUUCAAGUGUGUCAAGUUCAUCAGAAUCAGAUCCAUGAGACCCAUGGGGAGAUAGGAUCCUUCGUUGCCAGCCCAUAGGCCAUAGCCAAAGACUUCUGCAUGUAAUUCUGAAAGGAAGUCAAGUCUUCUCAACGUGUAAAAGGUAAGUCUAGAACCAGAAAAUAUUUGUUACAAGCGCUUUGAUUUCCAUAGCGGCAUCUCUGACCGAAGAAGCUUCUGAGAAUGAAGAAUUGGGAAAAAAAAGUGUGCAUUGUUUGAUUGAUGAGGAUAAGGAUUAAGGAGUUAUCAUUUGGGUGAAAAUUUUCUUGUGGACACCACACUGGAAAUAAAAUUUUCCUCCUACAAUCGGGACAUGGACUUGUGGAGUAGUCAGUUUCUUUUUCUUAAUAAAUUGUCACGGUUUUUCUGUUUGAUUUGUGUAUGUUUUUCCUUAUCUGACUGUCCCAUCCAUGGCCAACAUGUACUCUUAAUGUACCAUGGAAUUUCAUGAGUAAGGCUUAGCUGUUUAGGUUUUUUCUUACCUUGUCUAAGUUUGACUGUGUAAUAAUAUUACAUUACCUCGAAUGAUGUUGAAGUUCCUUGGCAUUCUAUCUUGUACGAAGAUAUUUUCCUUUCCU